UGUUCACACUGAGCUCUACUCUGUCCUAGUGCUACAGCUACUGGCGUGACGUCAUCUGCCCUCACUGCAAUCGGAGUGACGUCACCGCAGGCUGACAGAGAGGAUAAAUGAAACCAUUGGAAUAUGGAUCAGUGUGAGGAAGCAUCUGAUAAGGACCCUGUUACAUUUGAAGAUGUUGCAGUGUUUUUUUCCAAAGGCGAGUGGGCCUUGCUGGAGCAAUGGCAGAAGGACCUUUACCGGACUGUGAUGAAGGACAAUUUUGAAACGGUUUCCUCUCUGGGUGUGCCGGCCAUCCUGCAUGGGGAGAGCCAAGAGUAUCAGCUACUAGUCAGCAUGAAGCAGGAACACAGCCUCCUGGAGAAUGAUCCUGAGGCUGUGACAAGGGCUUCCACCAAGUCUGAGAACGUAAAACGCACCAAUAGACUGAGGUUUGGCGAGAAGCAAACAGCUCUAGCAAUUUAUAGUGAACAGAAAGGCCCGUACAGGAAAAAAAUAAAGCCUGCCGGACGUGCUGCUGGUAGACUACUCUUGAGCAAUUCCAUCAAAAAUGAAGAUUGUAAAAUUGAGCCUCCAUUCACUUCUCAUCUUGGAGGAAUCAUUUCUUGUGGCGUUAAUCCAGAAAACAACUUCUCAGACACAUUUUCCCGAAAGAAGUACACAGUGAUGGAGAAGAAACGAAAAACCAUGACCACAUUUCAGAGCAAGUACAAGAAAGCAAGAGUCCGUACGCCUGGUGUUUUCUUCCCCUGCAACAUGUGCAAGAAAACCUUUAAUAAUACCUACCGUCUGAAGGUACAUUCCAGGGUCCAUACAGGAGAGAAACCGUAUACGUGCAGGGACUGUGGAAAGGGAUAUUCCAGAGCAGACUAUUUGAGAGCUCACCGUAUUGUGCAUUCUGGGGAAAACCCUUUCCAAUGUACUGACUGUGAGAAAAGCUUUAGUGAGAAAAAGAUCCUUAGGAAGCACCUGAGAACUCAGCAUCAAAAACCUGUAAGUAAUGAAAAGAAGACCACCGGACAGGACAACCCAGCUAAAAAAAUCUCUAAGAAAACUCAUUUGUGUACUGUGUGCAAUAAAAGUUUCAGCAAGUCUUAUAACCUUAAAGUUCACCAGAGAAUCCACACAGGAGAGAAACCAUACCAAUGUCCAAAGUGUGACAAGUGUUUUUCACAGAAUAUCAGAUUGAAGAUUCACAAGACUACCCAUGAGGAAUGGGCACAUGAGGCUAGCAGAUUCAAGAGGGCCAAACCAACUACCCCACUGGAGAAGUUGCACAAGUGUAGUGUGUGUGAUAAGAGCUUCAGCAAGUCAUACAGUUUGAAGGUCCACUUGAGAAUUCACACCGGGGAGAAACCAUAUGAAUGUGAGGAAUGCCAUAAAAGUUUCUCUAAGAACAACCUACUGACUGUCCACAAGAGGAUCCAUAGUGGGGAGAAGCCGUACCAAUGUAUGGAGUGCCUAAAAAGCUUCAGCGUCAUCUCCCACUUGCGUGUCCACAAGAGAACGCACACUGGAGAACGUCCUUAUAAGUGCAUGGAGUGCUCAAAAAGUUUUAGUGACUAUUCUUCAUUGGUCAGACACCAGAGGAUACACUCUGGUGCCAAGCCAUACCAGUGCAACAUAUGCAAGAAGAGCUUCCGGGAGACAUCCCACCUCACUGUGCAUAAGCGCACCCACACUGGGGAGAGACCUUACAAGUGCGCAGAGUGCCACAAAACAUUCGUUGACUGUUCCUCCUUCGUUGAGCAUCGCAGGAAUCACACGGGCGCCAGGCCAUACACAUGUGAUGUUUGCCAGAAAGGCUUUGCCAAGGCUUACACAUUAAAAAUUCACCAGCGAAUCCAUACAGGAGAAAAGCCGUAUAAAUGUGACCAGUGUCCGCGCAGCUUCAGCAUUAACUACCUCCUGAAGGUCCAUGAACGCACACAUGUUGGCAAACAAACACAUAACUCCAGCAUACAAAGCAUUAACAACAAGAUCCUCAUAGAUUAGUGUGAAAUGCAGACAGUUUCAAGGAUAUUCACUAAACUAUGUCAGUAAUUCUCCAGUGAAGUGCAAAUUGUAGGCCACAUUAGACAAACAGGAAUACUUCUCCAAGCCAGCUAUGUUUCUAAGUCAGCUAUUUUCAUCUUACAUUUCCAAACCCUGGAGAAUUCUUGACAAUUCACUGUUUAGUUAGUAACCCCCUGAUCAGGGAAAAUUUAUUAAAAAAGCAAAUAACAUUUUUAACUUGUGUAAAUAAUCCUCCUAAUUUGGGAAUAAAGUGAUAUGUGCUUUUUAAGACUCAUGUACAGCAACAACCAUGUUUCAUAUUGAAUCACACAGGCUGCAUGUUUCACCAGCGCUCAAUGCUACACAUUGCUAAGUCAUAGUAGGUGACUUGUUUUAAUUUGUAAUGAAUAGAAUGGAAGCUAACUCGGCUGUAAACCUGCAUUGUAGUUAACUGAUCUGUGAAAUAUCUGCUUUCUGGCUGACGGUCACUCAGUAUAAGUUAAGGAUGGGAAAACUACACCCCACAAUUACACCAACAGGAUCACAAGAGUAAAAGAUAAAUUGUGUAAAUUUGUAUUAUCUUAUUUAAUAAUUAUUUCUGUUAAUAUGGUAAGUACAUAAAUCUAGUGAGGGAUGUGUGCCCAGCUUGUACACAUGAGGGGGAAUGCUGUACAUGUUAUAUAUUACAGAAAAAACAAGACUGGUCUCUAGGGUAAAGAGAAACAAAGGUUUGUAAAGACUUAGGGCUGUGCCGUUGCAUUGUUUGAUAGAAAUAUGUGAUUUUUAUAUUUGUAAGAAGAAUCUUGUUUUCAAUCACCCACAGAAUCAUGGUCAGUCUGUAGAUCACGGCUA